AUGCUGCGGCUAUACGGUUCUGGUCGUCGCAGGGCCAUGGAGGAGAAGAACAAUGCUGCAUCAGGGGAGGGAUCAUCAGAUGCAGCAGCAGGAGGAGGAGGAGGAGCAGCAGGAGGAGGAGGACAAGGAGCAAAUGCAGCAACAGGAGCAGCAGCAGGAGCAGGAGCAGCAGCAGCAGCAGCAGCAGCAGCACCACGUAUGCUAGCAAGUGAUUUACGUUUACAGAAAGAUUUAGAGGAUUUAGAUUUACCACCUAAUUGUUCUCUUGUAUCUAUACCAUCAGAGUCUGCUGCUGCUGCUGCUGCUGCUGCUGCUGCUGGAGUACCUGUUGCUGCAGCAGCUAGAGUAGCAGCAGCAGCAACAGCAUCAAUAGAGACAUCAGAAGAAUCGCAUUCAGCAGCAGCAGCAGCAGCAGCAGCAGCAGCAGCAGCAGCAGCAAGUCUACAAACAUUUUUAUUAACAAUUAUACCUGAUGAAGGAUAUUGGCGAGGAGGAAGAAUACAUUUUAUUAUUCGUCUUCCUUAUAAUUAUCCACAUGAUCCACCUAAAGUUAAAUGUACUGAUAAAAUAUAUCAUCCAAAUAUAGAUAUAAAAGGAAAUGUUUGUCUAAAUAUACUCAGAGAAGAUUGGAAACCUGUACUCUCUCUCUCCUCUGUUAUAUAUGGAUUGCUGCACCUUUUUCUUGAGCCUAACCCUAAUGAUCCAUUAAAUCAAGAAGCAGCAGCAACAUUAAAGGUAGAUGCUGCUGCAUUUGGUGAUAAAGUUCGCAGCAGCAUGAGGGGAUUCUCUAUUGAUAAUAUACAAUUUACUCCUAUUAUCUAG